AUGGGUGACCAGAGACAUCUGGGGCAAAGGGCGGCCGUCAAGGCUCCUGUCCUCCUUGCGAUAGUCGCAAUUGCGAGAGCGGGAAACAUCUACGGCGGUGGCCAGCAGUAUGGUUUUCAAGGCGCAGGUUUCCAAGGUCCACUUUACGCGGCGGCUGCUACUCCUGGUUCCUCCGCUGCUGGUACCUCCUACCCUCCCCAACCGUACAACUUCGGCUACGACAGCACCGACGAGUUUGGUACCCAGCUUUUUCACAAGGAACAAGGGGAUGCCAGCAACGCAAAGACUGGUUCCUAUGGCUACCGGGAUGCCAGUGGCCUGUUCCGCACAGUGAAAUACGUGGCCGAUGCCAACGGAUUCCGUGCCACCGUCGACACCAAUGAGCCUGGUACUGCUCCGGGUGCUAGCGCAGACGCUGUGUUCAACGCUAAUCCUGUUGCUGCUCCUGCCGGCACUGGUGGGGGCUACGCGGGAGCAGGUGGUCCCUGGUCUGGCUAG